AUGCCACGUCGUCGGCCCCCAGGGCAGGCCGAUAACUGCCGAAUCAAGCAGAGGGUCCGCAGCGGCUGCAAGACAUGUCGCGUGCGACGAGUCAAGUGUGACGAGACUAAGCCUCGAUGCCGGAACUGCCUGCGAAAGGGCCUUGCUUGCGACAAUAGCGUGCAGCUUAAAUGGAAGCAAGAAUUUGAAGAUCGUGGUCUAGCGUUUGGCCGGCAGGGCAGAUGGGGUAAGAGUCAACCACUGCAACUGGAGUCUUCUCCGAGUACAUUCGGGAUAGAGCGAUGCACUUUUCCAAUAAUUAAAUCUCAUCAUUUCAUCAAUUCUGGCUACUGGGAUUUCAAUGAUGAUCACCCGGAAACCGGCACAGAGUGUGGAGACAUUGUCAAGAUCGAAGGCAUAAGCGAAGAUAGUACCGCUGUCUAUCUUGCUCCAUCGGUGAUGACCUGCUCAAUAUCUCCCACGCCGUGUGCAUAUCCUAGUCUGACCAAAGUCGACUCUCAUCUUGUCGACUACUUUCUUAUGCGACUCUGUCCUCUCACGACUUCAUCUCGUCUAGCACCAUCACCUUUCGCUCAGCUUGUUUUUCCUUUGUUCAGUAUUCCAGGUCAGGAUGAUAUCCUUAAAGCCGUUUUGGCUCUAUCAGCUCGCCACAGAAGCAUCAGCGAACCUCAAUGGUCUCGCUCCGCCAUGACACUGAAAGGGGACGUCAUCCAUUCUCUCCGCAAAAGAUUGGAGUCAUGGGGUGGAACAAACUCCCCGCUAGAUCCACAGAUCCUUGUCAUGGUGAUGUUUCUAUGUCUCUAUGAGAUAGUUGACAACUGCGACCAUCGUUGGGUUUUACACCUACGGGCCAGUAAAGAGAUUAUUCAACGGAGCUGGAAUGUCAAAGAACAGCCAUACCCCAGCGAGAGUCUCGGUGGCCUAACGGCAUUCACAGAACGUUUUUUUGCGUUCCAAGACGUAAUCAGCCGGACAGCGUGCGGCAACUCAGCCUUAUUCGGAGUUGAUUACUGGGCCGAUACUGACAGACACUCUUCCUUCAUCGACUCGUGGAUGGGGUGCAGUCCCGCUCUGGUGAGCAUACUAUGCCGUAUCGUCGAAGUGAGCCGUCUGAAACAGAGGGACGAUAUCUCACCUGACUUUUUGGAAAGAGAAUCCGCCGAGUUAGAGCAACAACUCGAAGCAAUGCAUCAGAAAACCGAUCAAACUCUACACGAGGACGACGCACUACUUUUAGCGGCAGAACUCAAACGUAAAUCUGUCCUCUUGUACCAUCACUGCGUCCUAUACGACGCAGGCCCCUCAACACCAUUCGUCUGCCAACUUAAAAGAAGCAUUCUAGAAGGGAUAUGCGAACUGGUCGAAUCAGGACUCGCCGCCGGACUUGCCUUUUCAAUCUUUGUCGCUGCAGUUGAACUUCAUCCGACAGAUGAUCAGCUCUUCUAUGAUAAGAGGACUGGACAAUUUGUCUGCGGCCGAAGGCUGGUGUUGGAGACUUUGGAGGUCAUGGCUAAAUCGUCGCUGUCGAAUAUCUCACGUACAAAAGCUGUUAUUCAAAAGGUGUGGCGCAUGCGGGACAUGGCGUUGGAGGAGGAUGAGCAGAUGUUGAUACAUCCUGGAAGGCAUGUCAAUGAUUGGACUACGUUCGUUGUUAGGGAUUUCACUACCAACAUUAACUGGCUACCUACGAACUGGAUUACCUUGGAUGCUUCUCAACUUCCUGCUCACCCUGUCGCCGCUGUUGCUCACUGA